AGAACUAGUUACUUUUGGUUCGGAACGUCACUCGGUGAUAAAACUAAAAACUUGGUGAUAAUUCACUUUAGAAACGAAACAGAAACUUGUCAAUCACGGCGCUCGUCGGUCGUUUAUUUAGACGCUAUUUCGCGGUAGGUCCUAAACUCAGCAAUAUCAUGGUGGUGACACACAACGUCAAAGGUUACGAGGAGUUUUCCAAGAAGAUGGAGGAGCUGGAGAACGGCAAUGAGGCGGUCCACGUACUCUUUAGCGGCGGCAAGGACGAGAAUGGCCAGAGUUGGUGCCCCUACUGUGUAAAGGCGGAACCGGUGAUACACGACGCCCUGAAGAAGGCCCCCGGCAACUCACAUUUCGUUCAUGUGGAUGUGGGCGAGAGGAGCUACUGGAAGGAUUUGAACUGCCCCUUCCGCAAGGAUCCCAACACGCAUCUGAUCUUUUUGCCCACUCUGCUGCGCUGGAAGCAGCCGCAGCGCCUGGAUGGCGAGCGCUGCUCCAACCAGGAUCUCGUGGAGAUGAUGUUCGAGGAUGAGGACUAAGUUGCUGUGCCUGUCGUCUACACUUAUGCCUAAAUAUAUUUUGGAAAUCAAGUCGAAGUCAAGUUGGAAUACAUCAGAAUUAAUUAAAUCGUCCCUCAGUA